CGGGAAUGGCGCACUCUCUCCAAGGCCGACCGCCGCAAGUUUGUUGCCGCGGUCAAGUGUCUUCAAGGCAAACCCUCUGUCCUUCCCAAAGACGGCACCGUCCCGGGAGCCAUCACUCUCUGGGAUGACCUCGCUUAUGCUCACGCAUGGCGUACAUUCUUCGUCCACAUGAGUGCCACCUUUUUGGUUUGGCAUCGCUACUUUCUCUUCACCUACGAGACCCUCCUCGAGACAGAGUGCGGGUGGACCCAAGGGCUACCCUACUGGGAGUGGGGCCUGGACGUGAACAACAUGAGAGGCAGCCCCCUUUUCGACGGCUCCGAUACUUCCAUUGGCAGCGACGGAGUGUUUGUUCCCGGAAGGCCAGACUUCAUUCUGGACAUCAUUGGCGGGCCCGAUCCCGAACCCAUUCGGGUUGUGUUCCCUCCCGGCACUGGCGGCGGAUGCGUCGAGAGGGGUCCGUUCAAUGACACGGUGGUCAGGCUCGGGCCUUUCCCUCUCGAUGGGACGCCUUGGACCAACGAGACGGUCUACGGCAAUAAUCCUAGGUGCUUGGACAGAGACUUGAACACGAACCCUCUCCAAAGGUGGUCUACUUUCCGCAACAGCACUGAGCUUAUCCUCGGUUAUGACAACAUACGGGAGUUCCAAGGGUUCUUGGAGGGCGACCCCAGAGUGACAACGGAAAAGCCCAUCGGCAUUCACGGAGGUGGCCACUGGGGCGUCGGCGGCAUCACUCGUGAUCCAAUCAUCUCACCCUAUGAUCCGGCCUUUUGGUUCCAUCACAAUCAGUUGGAUCGAAUCUAUUGGAUCUGGCAGAAUCUCGACUUCAAUAACCGCAAGGAUGUCUUUGGCACGGGCACCUGGGGCAACUUCCCUCCCAGUCCCAACGUCACAGUGGAGGACUUUAUUGAUGUCUUGCCCCACCAGCCGGCCAUCAAGAUCAAGGACAGCAUGAACACUGUCAGUGGGGCGCCCUUCUGCUACGUGUAUGUGUAA